GCAUGUGAAGCAGAAGGAGGGUGGUCGCUAACAUGGGAAUAAAAGGAUAUGGAGGGGGUGGCUUGACACAAUACAUCUGUGAUUGCAGUAACGAGAGAGCGAGAGAGUUCUGAACUUAUGUAAGAAGGAGUGGAGGUAAGAUAAGAAUGCGAAGCUGGGUUGGGAAAUCUAAACCAAAGCAAGAGAAAAUACAUUGCCUGUAGUGAGGGAAGAGAAAGGAACAGUGGAAGGAGAAAGAGAAGGAACGCUUGGACAGAGACAAGAAGAGACUGAGAAGACUGGCCAAACAGGAUACUACUGAAUUCCAUUCAACAUGGAAAAUAUGGAGCUGCCACCUCGACCAAAACUCUUUGACUUCCACGGAGUCUCCAUGACCCACUAUUUCACUGACAACUGGGAGAACAUACAAAACUUCCAGGCCAGGCCAGAUGAUAUCCUCAUCGCCACUUACCCCAAAGCAGGUACCACAUGGGUCUCCUACAUUCUAGACCUGCUGUAUUUUGGUCAGACAGCCCCUGAGCGUCAGACUUCACUGCCUAUCUAUGAGAGAGUGCCAUUCCUGGAGAGUGACUUCCAUAUUCUCCCUCCAGGAACGGAGCUGGCAGACAAGUUAUCCACCUCUCCUCGCCUCAUCAAGACUCACCUCCCAGUCCAGUUGGUGCCCAAGUCCUUCUGGGAGCAGAACUGUAGGGUAGUGUAUGUGGCCCGUAAUGCCAAGGACAAUGCAGUGUCUUAUUUCCACUUUGACCGCAUGAACCAGGCCGAGCCAGAGCCAGGAGACUGGAACAACUUCUUACAGAGAUUCAUGGAUGGAAAGAUGGUGUUUGGUCCCUGGUAUGACCAUGUGACUGGCUGGUGGGAGAGGAAAGAGACUCACUCAAAACUCCACUACGUUUUCUAUGAGGAUAUGGUUGAGGAUACGGGGAGAGAGCUGGACAGGCUGUGCUCCUUCCUAGGUUUGUUUCCUUCAGCAGAGGAGAAGGAGAAGGUGAGAGGAGGAGUGCAGUUUGAUACUAUGAAGAAAAACAGCAUGGCCAACUAUUCCACCGUCCCAAUCAUGGAUUUCAAGAUCUCUCCAUUCAUGCGAAAAGGAAAGGUUGGUGACUGGAAGAACCAUUUCACUGUGGCCCAGAGUGAACAGUUUGAUGAAGACUAUAAGAAGAAGAUGAAGAACACCACCGUACAGUUCCGCACUGUAGUCUAGGGGUUGUGGUCAAGUUGAUUGUCUGAUUGUUUGUGGUCAGGUUGAUUGAUUGUUUAUUUGGCGCAUAUGGACCUACGAUAGGCUCGGCUGAGGUGUCAGUCUUCCAUUGGUCCACAGUUAACUGGGUUAUAGUGUUGAAAUAUACAGGGUGAGGAUCAUAUCGUAUCAUAUCCUGGAGUGUGAAUGAGAAAGAUCAUGAAGUGUCUUAUAAUAUCAUUUUUUAAGAAUGAUUGAUGCUACUUUGAGAUAUGAGCUAUAGGUUGAGAACUAAAAACAAAAGUAAAAUGAGGACAGGCUGCACAGUACAUUCUUAGCAAUGUGAGCUAUUUGUAAAUCCUCUUGCCUGGUCUGUUUUUCAGUGUAUGAGAAAAAAAACAGUGAGAGUCGAUACAGUAAUAAAUAUGUGAAUGGAGAAGAGCAUUAUUAAGCAUCAAGCAUUGUUUUAUGCUGUUUAAAAAAUAUACAUUCUUUGAAACUGUAACAAUUCCUACUCGUAUACAGUAUACAGUAUGACUAAACGUAAUACAUUGAUGUUCAUGUACUUGUACUUAAAUUAAUAUGAAAUGUCCAUAUGACCCAAAGCGGUUAAAGAGCCAGUAAUUUGCACAUACACACACCCUCCACUUUUCACAGCUGUCUCAGCUGUAUGUUCACUAUGCCUGUGAAAAGCAUGACACUCGCACUGUAAAAAGUGGGAUGGCGCUGUUGUUCAUCUGAAGUGCUUCUACUGUUUGGAAUGAUAGAAAAUUACACUUUGGUUCUUCCAACCUACUUUAUUCAAUUUGCCUAAAAUCAAAUAAUGUAUUUUUUAGAUCAGUGAUUUUUAUUUAUUUAAUGAAAGCUUCUAAAUUGCUUCCAACAACUCAUGCGCUUGCACAUUGAAUAGUGGCAGGGGCAAUGUAGUGGUGGCAGCUUAUCAGAAGAGUUGGAGGUGUGGCUAAUGGGGGCUUUUUUUCACACGUGAGAGUGAAUGUCAUUCCAGUUAAUGUGGUCUAUUGUAUUUGAUAUUAAAUGUUAAACUUGUACACUGCCAGCAUCUGUAAUGAUACUUAAAUAAAUGCAUGUGGUACUAAAGUGCCUGAUGAGGCUUUA